AUGUCGAGUUACUUCAGGCGCAAGUAUAAGACCGGGGACCUGGUGUUUGCCAAGUUAAAGGGCUAUGCCCACUGGCCUGCCCGGGUAGAGCAGAUGGCUGAACCCAAUCGCUAUCAAGUGUUUUUUUUCGGCACCCACGAGACGGCCUUCCUGGGCCCCAAACACCUCUUCCCAUAUGAGGAGUCCAAGGAGAAGUUCGGCAAGCCCAAUAAGAGGAGGGGGUUCAGCGAGGGGCUGUGGGAGAUCGAGAACAACCCCAUGGUCCAGGCUUCUGACUACCAACUGGCCCAGGAGAAGAUCUGCGUGGACGGGCCUGAGCCUGAGCUGGAGGCCACCGAGGGUGACCUGGCCAUGAAGAGCAGCGCUGACAAUGGCGGAGAUGGCCUGGGGAAGCCAGUCGAUGAACAGGCCCAGGAGGAGGACGACAAGAGGCCUCUGAAGAGGAGUGCCGGCGACCUGCUGGAGGAGAGCUCCCCCAAACGCCCCAAGGAAGCCGGCCCUGAAGGAGAGGUGGCUGAGACCGUGGCCCGGGCGGACAGGCCGCUCCUGGUGGAGGUGGAGAACGACAGUGCCGCCGCAUCCGAGCCAGGCCCUGCCUGGGGGCCGACCCGGGAGGGGCAGGAGCAGGAGCAGGAGCUAGAGCAGAAACCCGAGGAAGGAGCUGCGGAGAAAGAGGCCAAGACGCCAGAAAUCGGAGACCACGAGAGCCCGUAG